UGACUGGACUGGGUGGGGCUGGGGAGAGUCACUCUUCUUAUAGUGCCUCGUCUCCCCGCCCCUUCGGACUUCAGGCUGAACCAACUCGCAACCCCGGAAGCUCUCCACGUAUGAUUCUGAAGAGCGGCUCGUCACUCUUUCUCGCACCCUUAGGGAAUGCCCAUCAAGUGGGACAGGCGAGCGGCGAAACGACUGUUCAGAACCACGGCGUCCUCGCAGCCCUCGCGGGGGAAAGUGACCCGCGGAAACAUCCCGGUUUCGAUGUGACCGACAUCGCGUUGACACCAGGGUGCGAACACCCUGGCAGGCCGGCGCUCUCUCUCGCACCUGUGGGAAGCCCGGCCCGACCCGGCCCCGUGCGACAGAGAGCGGGCACCCCCGGCGAGUCCUUAACAGUGGGCGUCGGCGGGCAUGCUGUCAGUCCCCCAAACCCCGUCCCCGAGAUGAACGUCGCGGUCCUGGUGCUCUGCGCGCUCUGCGUCUCGGCCUUGGCUGCCGGCGCUGGCGCGGCGGCCGUCGGCCCCGCCGAGGAGGCCGUCCGGAAGACGACAGACGUCGCCAAGGUGCACGAGGCCCGCGACGAGCCCCGCGACGAGGCCGCCCCCAAGACGCUGGACCUCUCCAGCCGCGUGGUCGACGGAGUCCUCUCGCUCCUCGGCGUCGAGGCGCCCGGCGCCGCGCUGGCCGAGCUGGACGACGAGGGGCAGACCAAAGAGGGCGGUCCAGGCCAGCGCGGCAUCCACAAGAAGAAGUUCCUCAAGUACCAGCUGUGGCACGCCUUCACCUGGUGGGCCUGGGUGGUGGCCGUGAUCGUCAUCAAGUUCAAGGUGGCGCUGCUGCUCAUCUGGGGCCACCUGUCGUACUUCAUCAUGGCGCUGGUCCGCAUGCUGCUCAGAGAGGUGCCGUUGUGGGUCCAGUUGAAGCGCGACAACGGCUACGCCCCGCCCCCCGUGUACGGCCCGCAGUACGGCACGGCGCAGUACGGCAACCAGUACGGCGCCCAGUACGCCUCCAGCUCCUACGGCCCCUACAAGCGGCGCGCCGGCUCGGCGGGGGCGGCGACGGGGGCGGCGGAGGCGACCCCCGCGGCCGGCAGUGACCUCGCCUACGGUGCCCACGCCAGGAGAUAGCGCCGUCCCGAUCUUAUCUACCCACUAAAUUAUUUUUUUUAACGAACAUCUAUUUAUUUUAUUUAUUAUUUGUAAAUAAAACUUGGUGAGUAAGCGA